AUGGAGGAAAGAGGUAUACUAGAUAUAUCAACAAUACAAAUAGUAUUGAAUAAUAUUGAUUCAUUGGAUGAACCCAAUGAGAGUGAUGUAAACAUUACACAAUCAAAUAUACAUACACAGACACAAUCACAGACCCAGACACAGACACAGACACAUUCAAAGAAGAAGAAGAUAACAAGUAGUGAUAUAGAAGAUACAAGCGAUAUAGAACAACAUGAUGAAGAUGUGAAUGAUGAGGACGAUGAGGAUGAGGACGAACAACAAGAUUAUGAAGAUGCAACUGAUAGUCCAAUGGAUGGGGAGGAGUCACCUUCAAUGCAUUCAUCAUCGUCAGCUUCGUCAAAGAAUGAACCUUCACCAACGUUUACAACUCCAUCACCUCAAACUCCUACCACUGGCAAGCAAACAACGUCUUGGCUUGAUAAUCUUGCCUUCACAAUCUCUGCAGACGGUUCAUUAAUGGUUAUUGGUGGAGGUGGAUCAGGAGGUGUCGGCACUGGUCUAGCCAUCGUACUAAAGCGUAACAUACAAGGUGAAUGGAGGACAUCCAUCACACUCGAUCAUCAAUCAGGUCAAAUUGAUAGGAUCACACAGAUCGCACUGUUCCCUCUGCCCAACACACCACUGGACUAUGUGAUCGCGGUUGGAUACACAUCUGGUCAUCUACGAGUCUUCUCUCAGUUUGGCAACCUAUUGCUCUCUCAACUUUUCCAUCGCGCACCUGUACUAAAGAUAAAGAUCAAGCUAACACCAACACUACCAGUUGGACAUGAACGAUUUGCAAUGCAAGAGGUCACACUGCUCUAUCCAGGUAAUGUCGUGGCAUCAAUGUCAGGACAGAGUCUGGCAUCGGUGUUGUCUGUGUGUUACCAACACGUUCAGCGCGGUGACUCGGCCGCACAGAUCCCCACACGACUCGACUUCCGCAAGUGGCACUUGGGCGCCGUGGACUGUGCCAACGACCUGACAUUCGCCGGACCUUUCCUGGGCUCACCCUUCCGAGCUCUCCCUUACGGCUCGACCGAGUAUCCAAUGGCUCGUCUGGUCGCCGCGGGUCGCGACCCCAUCAUCUCCUACUACUAUCCCUCAGACGACGCUGGUCGAUCAUUCACAGUGGCCGUGGCACUUGUGUCGUCUGUGGCUGCCAAGCUUACAAAUGCAGUCUACUCAUUCGCCAAGAACUGGUGGGGAAGCAGCAGCAGCACCUCGACCGAGUCAUCAACGCCCAAGCCAGUGGAGCCCAAGAUUGAGAAUCCAUCAUUGCUUCAGAUACGCUGGUCGAUCAUUGAUCACAAGAGAGAACUGAAGAGCAUAAUGUUGGAUCCAUCUGGUCGAUUUGCAGCCACAACUGAUAACCUUGGACGUGUACUACUGGUGGACAUUGUCAACAGCAUGGUGAUCAAGGCAUGGAAAGGAUAUCGUGAUUGUCAAUGUGGAUGGAUUACAUCAAGAGUCCAAGACGAUGAGGACGGCGACGACGAAGAUGGUGAUGAGCAAGACAAUGACACACCAACACUGGCAGACUUCAUUCCAGCCAAGAUGAUGACCAAACAGACAGUAACAUACCGCACAUAUCUAGUGAUCUACAUUGGUAGACGUGGAUACCUGGAAGUAUGGGGUAUGAAGCAUCGGUCCAGGGUAGUAUUCCAAAAGGUUGGAAUGGGAUGUCGUUUGAUAUCAACCAAUAUAAUCACAAAGAAAUCAACAACAAUAGGCUCAUCAUCCACCUCCAACUCCAACAACAACAACUAUCAAGUUGACAACAAACAAGUAUCCAAUCUAGAGAACUAUCCAUCACAUUGUUAUCUAAUCAAUCAGGAUGGUGCUGUAAUCGAAAUAACUGUAAAUAAUAAG